UUCAAGAAAAGGGAAACGAGUGACCUUCAGUUGAAAAUUUGUGGAAUUUUCUUGAACAUGACUAGACGCAAGCUUUGCCCUCGACAGCGACGGCGGAGGGGAUACCUUUCGCCUCCUUUGACGAGGAGGACGACUGGCUCCCUUCGUCGCAGCAGGAUCUUGAGCAACCAUCGUCAGUUAUCCGACGAGGACCAGGACAAAUUGCUUCGUGGUCUCUUACACUUGCUCAUGGUAAGCCAAUCCGUGCCGAAAUGGAUUCUGUUGAUGGAUUCUCGCCCAACUGGAUGAGGUACACGAGAAUGAAGGAUUUCCCAAAGUUGGAGUUCCUGCGAGUGUGGUUCUGUGCCCUAUGGACAUGGGAGUCGCUCAAGAUCGCGAACAACUUUCGCGCAUCGGUUCUCGACCUCGAUGUCUCGACAGAUAUACACUUCCAGGAUCAUUAUGACAGCAGCCCCAAAGCCGCAUACUAUAAACAGAUUAUCUAUAUAGGAAACCGCGGAUGCUAUUUCAGAUACCUUAUUAUAUAUACUUAUUUGCUUUAUUAUUUGUUGCCCGGGACUAACGGCACCUAUAUUGAUAAUAGAGAAAAAGUCCUUCCGGCACCCCAAAUAUGCGAGGAAAUCCUUUGGUUCAAAUCGAUCUCCGGGACGCUCGUAUACAAGCUACCCAACGGCAGACUUGUUUGGCAUAUGGGAAGGCACUGAGGACUUGAUCGGCACCUGGCUCUGGUUCCCUUACUUUCACAAGCUCCUUCUCGCUGGAAAUGCUCGUAAGCUUGUCUCUCAUGCGAUUGAAGAAGCU